UGUCGGUGGAGCUCGGUCACAGAGACGCGGGCGGGAUGUCAUCGCGGCUCUCCUUCUCUCAGUACCGCUUAGAGGCGGAGGUCGAGCGCUGCCGCGCGGAGUGUCAGUGGGAUAAAAUACCGUCUUUACUGGAGCAACUCGCUGCCGCGCGCCUGCAUGAAGAUGAUGAUUACAGGACGCUGCUGCUGGCAGAAGCUCUGUUGGAGGAAUGUCUGCUGGAGAACAUGACCCUGCUGAAGAAUUCUACGCCUCUGACUGAAGAUUCGCAGCCCAAACUAGCCCGAGCCAAAGCUCACCUCAACAGCAUCCUUAGCAGAGGACGCCUGGAGCCGCACUACCUGAAUGAAGCUCUGCUCCUGCUGGCUAAAGUGCACUAUGUUCAGGGACGCUACAGGGACGCCCAGGGCAUGUGUGCCAGAGCAGGUGUGGACGAUUUCACCCGGCAUGAGCGGCCUGUCUACCAACUACGCAUGCUGGCAGAGGCCUUUGUCAUUAAAGGUUUGUCUUUGGACCAUCAGUCUAUGUCAGGUGCUUCCCGUGUUAGACUGUCCGAGAGAGAGGAAGAAUGCCUGUCCUGUUACCUCAUGGCCUGUGAUGCUGGCCUGUUGUACCUGCAAGAACUUGACAAGACUGUUUGCACGCCAAGUUCCAAAACAGCUAAAAGCAGUUCAUCAGUCCCUCAUUUUGACUUGGACCCAGGCUUCUUCCUGCAGGCAGCUCUUCAGAGCGCAUACCUGUCACUGCUGAGGAAAGGUCACUUGGCUCAGGGGACACAACAGCUGCGGCGGGUCAUGAGGGCUGUGGAGAGUCGGGGGUCUCAGAGUUUUCGUAAGACAGUAGCGUGCAGGCUUGCAGAAGUGUUGCUGGGCUCAGUGUGUGAGGACGCGUACUGGGGUUCACUGUCUCCUCCACCACCCGGCUGGCUGAAGAGAGAAGGAGCCACACACCCCAAAGACACCAUCUACCCCUCAUCCAGACCACCACAGCGCUACAACACUGAGGGAGCUUUCUGUCCACAGGACGUGGUUGAAGAGGCGGUGCUGGUGCUCCUCAUCACAGAAUCAAUGGCCAGUGGCGAGGCAGUGAUCAGCCGCACACCGGAGCAUCAGGAGGCGAGGGAGAGCAGCAUGCAGGAUGCCUCCUCUGUUUAUGACCUGCUGAGCAUCGCUAUGGCCAGGAGGGGGCAGUACGCCAUGCUGUCAGAGAAUGAGGGUGCAGUGUCAGUGCUUAAAGAGUGUGUGACAAUGAGACCACAGGACCCCAUCCCACCUCUGCUUGCAGCAAAAGUGUGCAUCAACCAGCUGCACUGGCUGGAGGAUGCAGUGUCCCUCUCAGCAGGUGUGGUUGCUUUAGGAGAGUGUGCUGGGGAGUCUCUUCCUCGAGCUCAUCUGGCCAUUGGACUGUGCCGUAGUCUGCAGGCCUCUGAUGCUCCGCUGAAAGCUGAUCGCGAUGAGUUCAACAGAAGAGCGCUGCAGUCACUACGGAAAGCACAUGCACUGGACCCUGAGGACCCUCAGAUCUCCUUCUACCUCUCUCUGCAGCUCGCUCUGGUCCGACAGGUGUCAGAAGCGAUGGAGCCGUUGCAGUUGGCUCUGAAUAUACGUGGGGAUGAUCUGCACGCUCUACACCUGCUGACUCUACUACUCAGUGCCCAGAAACACUACCAACACGCCCUUGAUACACUUAAACUCGCCAUUAUCCAGCACCCGGACAACUUUAACCUUCUGUUUACCAAAGUGAAGCUGGAGGAGGUUUUGUUCGGACCCGCUGCAGCUUUACAGACCUGUACAGAAAUGCUGCAGUGGUGGCAGAGUCGCUAUGAUUUUACCCGUCUCAGUGAGGAGGAUGACACUAGCAGCAUACCUCCUGAUCCAGGCCCGCUGAGCAGGAAACCCAGCGGCCUCCAUCUCACGCUCCCAGACUUCCAGGAGACAGAGACCGGGUCUCAGAGUGCCCCGUCUCUAGCUGUGUCCCGUCUGGAGCAGGCCAUGUCAGAGGUGUCGGCCCUCAGCUCUGCCCACAGGCACGGCCCCGCCUACAUUUGGACCACCCUGGAACGCAUCUGGCUACAAGCAGGAGAGUUGUUCAUAGCUGACGGGCGGAUGAAGGAAGCUCAGUUCUGUGUGCAGGAGGCAGGAACUCUCUUCCCCGCCUCACACUCAGUGCUGCUGCUCAAGGGCUGUGUGGCCGAGCUCAGGGGCAACGACGCGGAGGCCAAGAGCCUGUAUGAUGAAGCUCUCGCCAUCAACCCCAGAGGACACCACAUACUGCUGCACCUGGGGAAGUUGCUGGUGCGCACAGGCCGUGCGGGUCUUGGGGAGAAGAUGCUGAGGGAUGCGAUACAGGUGGAGAACACGGCACACGAGGCCUGGAGUGGCCUAGGGGAGGCGCUGCAGAGCAGAGGCAGUGCACAGGCUCCGGACUGCUUCCUCACCGCACUGGAGCUAGAGUCCAGCUGCCCUAUACGGCCCUUCACCAUCAUUCCCCGAGAACUCUGACAUGUCUCUCACACUCAUACAUGUGUAUAUGAAUCACUGGAGCGAAUGCUGUUCUUCAAUCACUUUAAUGACACAUACUGUAUAACAACAACAUUGCACAAUUAGGCUUUUCACUCCAUUGAAAGGGAAUGGUCUAAAGUUGUGGUCACAUUAACAAAUAUCAGUGAAAUUUUGCAGGCAAAAAUGGUCCAUUGUCAAUAGAUUUGUAUAAAGCAUUGAUCACACAGAUAUGUCUUUCAAAUCAAGCAGCUUUCUGUUGUUCAGAAUGGCCAAUUCGCAUGACCAACUUGAAUACGAGCGGAAUCUGCACGGAUUCAUGUGGAAAUGACUGGAUUUCACCUUCAAAAUUUCGCCAAACAACUAUAAAUGUGAACACACAUUAAUUCAGUGGCUAAAAGCAUGAAACGUUAAAUAAUUUUAAUGGGCAUUAAAAAGUCCAUUGUGAAUUGUGUAUGAAGCACUGCUCACUUUCAAACCAAGCAGUUUUUCAUUGCUCAAUGUGGUAAAUUCACAUGAAAAACUUGAAUCUGAAGAGAAACCUGCGUGUAUUGUUUUUGCCCUGACACGAAAUUCCCAAUUUUCUAUUGAAACGUCUACGAAUUUUAACUAAGCAAUAGUAAAUGUGACCUUAAACACACUGUCACUUUCAAACCAAGCAGCUUUCUGUUCGUCAGUGUAGCAAAAUGUGGAUGGCGAACCUUUUUGUUUUUUAUGUGUCGAAACGUCCAAUCGGAUUCCUGUUAUAAUGACUGAAUUUCGCAAACUUUCACUGAGCAGUGGUAAAUGUGAUUGCACCUUUAGGGCCAGAUUUACUAUCAGCUUGCGCCAGAGUAAACCCUCUGUUGGCAUUUAAAAAGUACUGUCAGGAUUUACUAAAGAUGCAUAGUGAAAUAGGUGUGGACAGAGUUAUUUUUGCAGCUGACCUUAUUGCAUGUGCAUUUGUAGGACUUUCCCUUUCAGACGCAAAAUUUAGGAGGAGAUUAUUUAAAUGAAUCACGCAACAUGAUUUUAUUAAGGGUUGCAUUAUUCAGUUUACUGGUAUUUUCGCCAUUAUUUACCACCCCAAAAAAAGCAUAUCUUAACCUAUUUUGCUCUUGACAUGGCUCUGAUUGUUGCUGCCAAGUAGAGGCACUACAGAGAACAGAGUGCGUGGUAGAAGGGAAAGUAUUUUUUCCACUCGUAUGAAUGUAUUUGGAAUGUAAGAUCUGCUUGUUUGCAAUCUUACGUUAAUUUGCUCUACUCUUGGUAGAUUGCGUUGGUCAUUAUGGAAAUGAGAUGUCAUUCCUAUAUUCUUUAAUUUGUUUAUUGUCAGUAGAUCAUCUGCAGAACUUUACAUUCCCAUCGGAGCUUUUUUGGAAUUGCGCUCUUGCGCUAAUUUGCCUUGUUUAGUAAAUCUGGCCCUUAGUCUGGUGGAAGUUCAACAAACAGCUAAUAUCUUUUACAGCACCUUUAGCAUGACGAAAAAAGACAUUAGCCCGGGGUUAUGUGUU